AUGCUCGGCAAUCGGUUAGCCGACAAAGUGCCGACUCGGAGCGAGGAAGAAAAGGAGCACAUUGAGCUUGAUCCAGCAUUUAUCGUGAAAUGGGAUCGUGAUGACCCUUUAAACCCGCAAAAUUGGCCUGUCCGAUACAAAUGGUGGGUGACUUUCCAGCUGGGCAUGCUCGCCCUGGCUGGCAGUCUCGGUUCUAGCAUUAUGACUCCUGCCGAUAGUAUCAUCGCCAAAUAUGUUGGCGUUAGCAGUGAAGUCUCUGUCUUAGACGUAUCACUCUAUUUACUUGGCUUUGUAUGCGGUCCGAUUAUCUGGGCUCCGAUUUCCGAAAUCUGGGGACGAAGAGUCUCCAUUCUACCCGCCGUCUUCUGCCAGGCACUCUUCGCCGUUGGUACAUCUAGAAGUACCAGCGCAUCCUCCAUCUAUGUCACUCGCUUUUUCAGCGGGUUCUUCGGCUCUGCACCGAUCAGUAAUGUCACAGCUGCCCUGGGUGACAUGUGGAGUCGAGAAACUCGAGGCGUCGCAGUCAGCUUGUACGCAGUGGCAGUGAAUGGUGGCCCAUCUUUAGGACCCGUCAUUGGCUCGGCAAUUGUGACGAAUUCGAAUCUCAACUGGCGCUGGACCGGAUACAUUUUGGCCAUCUGGGUCUUUGUGACCUUUCUCCUGGGCUUUUUCUUCCUCCCCGAGGUGUAUCCCCUGGUCCUUCUCAAGAACAAGGCCGAAGCUCUGCGGAAAGAGACAAAUGACCCGCGCUAUUAUCACCCACAUGAGCACAUCAAACUUGAUGUCCAUUCGAUUGUGACGAAACAACUAUCUCGCCCGCUGGUCAUGCUCUGCACCGAGGCCAUCGUCACCUGCAUUGCACUAUACGCCUCUUUCGUAUAUGGUGUCAUGUAUCUUACCUUGGAAGUAUUUCCCAUCGUCUUCGAAGAUAUCCGUGGCUGGGAACCCGUCGUUGCAUCGCUACCAUUCCUGGCACUCUUGAUUGGUGUGAUUUCCUCCGUGGGGCUCAACAUUUGGAAUCAGUACCGUUACAACAGAAUCGCAAAAGAAGCCAACGGAAGAGCAGUUCCUGAAGCAAGAUUACCACCAAUGGCUAUUGGCGCGAUCUUCUUUGUCGUGGGAGCAUUCUGGUUCGCGUGGACGGCAGAACCACCUCAUCACUGGAUCCUGCCUUGUCUGGCUGCAUUAUUCAUCGGUAUCGGCUUUAAUUGCAUCUUUCAGCAGUGUCUCAACUUUCUUAUUGAUGUUUACGGCAUAUAUGCCGCCAGUUCCACAGCGGCGGUCACGUUCUUGCGAAGCAUUAUGGCGGCUGGGCUUCCUCUGGCGGCCAAGCCGAUGAUCGGGGCUCUAGGGGUUGGUCCCGGAGUUUCGAUCAUCGGAGCUGUGGCUGCAGCCUUGCUGCCAAUUCCAUUUUUGUUCAUGAAGUAUGGUCCAAGACUGCGGAAGAUGUCAAGGCUCACACCAGAGGAUCCGAAUUGA